AUGGCUGGUCUAAUUACUUUCAAAUUUUUGAGAUAUGAUAUAACUGCUGCAUUAGCAGAAUUCUUAGGAACUGCAUAUUUUUUAUUUAUGGGUGUCGGAGGUGCUAUGGCUUUUGGUACUUCUUCAAUUGGUAGUGUUGGAAUUCCAUUUUCAUUCGGAUGGUCACUUAUGGCGAAUGUCUUCAUUUGGAGUCCAAUUUCAGGAGGAGUAUUCAAUCCUGCCAUAACUAUUGGUCUGAUGGCUAUCAAGAGAUUGACAAUUUUACGAGGUACUCUGUACAUCAUAGCUCAAUUCUUGGGUGCCCUCUUUGGAUCAUUCCUUAUAAGAACUCUCAUACCUGGUGCUGCUAAUGGUGCCACUACGUUGGCCGCUAAUACAACAGUUGCUCAAGGUUUCUUUUUGGAAAUGUUUGCAACGUCUGUCUUAACAUUUGCUGUGCUCUUUAUUGCCAGUGAAUCAAGAAACCAAGGUUUCAUGGGACCAUUUGUAGUUGGUAUUUCCUUAUUCAUCUCAGCACUAUCUGUUGGUCCAUUCACCGGCGCUAGUUUGAAUCCUGCACGAACCUUUGGUCCUGCCAUAGUUUUCGGAGACUACGGUAAUGGUCAUUGGAUUUAUUAUAUUGGUACCACUGCGGGUAGUUUACUGGCUGCUGGAUAUUGGUAUUUGUUCGAUAAAUUGGAUUUUAAAACAGUAUCGAAAACCGGUGCUGUUGAAGAAGAAAAACAUGACGUCGAUGAAGGACCAAAAGACAUGUCUUAUAAAUAUAUACCUGAUAUUGCCGAAUAA